CACCCUGCCCCCCACGCUCACCCUCCGCACCGGAUCCCGUCACCAUCUCCACAGCGGCGCGCCGGCCCGGCACCCAUCUCGCCGCCGACGCGCCGCGCCCCAGCGCCCCAGAACGAGCCGCCGGGGCCGAUCUCCCUGCCCUCUGAUGAGCCGCCCUAACGCCCGCGGCGAGCCCAAGGUACAAACCCUAGCUCUCGCUCCUCCCUCCCCAGCCGCCCCCGCCAAGAUGGGCGCCCAUCGGCGACAACCCAGCUCCCGCCGCCGCCUUGUCGGCGCCCUCUCACUCCUCGCCGCGUCCGCGCUGGCCCUUCUCCUCCUAGCAUCCCGCCCGGUGCCCCCGACCUACGGCGUCAUCAUCGACGCCGGCAGCACGGGGAGCCGCGUCCACGUCAUCGCCUACCGCGCCACGGCGGGGCUCCCGCAGCUGGACUGGGCACGCACGGCCUCGAUGAAGGCGACCCCGGGGCUAUCGUCCUUCGCGGCGGACCCACGCGGCGCGGGGCUGUCUCUGGCGCCGCUAGUAGAGUUUGCCCGGCGACGUGUGCCGCGGGAGAGCUGGGGGCAAACCGAGGUGCGGCUCAUGGCCACUGCCGGGCUGCGUCUGCUUGAUUCCGCAGUGGCCGAGUCCGUCCUUCAGUCUUGCAGGGAAGUGCUUCGGGGCUCGGGCUUCCAAUUUCAGGACGAAUGGGCCACCGUGAUCUCAGGGGCUGAGGAAGGGAUAUACGCAUGGGUUGCAGCAAAUUAUGCUUUGGGGACUCUUGGCAGUGAUCCAAAAGACACCACUGGGAUUAUUGAACUUGGUGGGGCUUCUGUUCAGGUGACACUUGUUACCAGUGAACCUGUGCCUCCGGAGUUCUCUCAUGUGCUCAAGUUUGGUGAUGUCUCAUAUAACCUGUACAGCCACAGCUUUUUGCAGCUUGGUCUGAAUGUAGCAUAUGAAUCAUUCCAUGACUUGCUCAGCUCACCUGGCCUUAGCUUAAUGGCCACACAUUUGAUUUCUCAAGCUAAGUACAAAGAUCCUUGCACUCCAAGGGGAUUUACACACAUAGCAGGAUCAGUUAAACUUCCUGUUAGUGUUCUUGAGCCGAAGGUUGAGUACAGACCGUUUGCUCAUGCUGUGGGGAACUUUUCUGAGUGUAGAUCUGCAGCGUUAACACUACUGCAAAAAGGAAAGGAGGGAUGUACAUAUCAUGAAUGUCGCCUUGGAGCAGCAUUUGUACCUGAGUUGGAAGGGAAAUUUUUAGCGACAGAAAAUUUUUACCAUACUUCAAAGUUCUUUGGUCUGCACUCAAAGUCCUUCCUUUCUGAUCUGAUGGCGGCUGGAGAGAAAUUUUGCCAUGGGGACUGGUCAAAGAUUAAGAAGAAGUACAGCUCUUUUGAUGACGGACAGCUGCUUCUUUUUUGCUUUUCCUCAGCAUAUAUUAUUGCUCUGCUACAUGAUACACUUAAAAUGCCACUGGAUCAUAAGAGGAUUGAUGUUGUAAAUCAAAUCCAUGGCGUGCCUGUUGACUGGGCAUUGGGUGCUUUCAUUGUGCAGACGACGAUGAACCGAACAGAGUACUCAGAUUCAUCAGUUUCAUAUCUAAACAACCACUCUUCUGGCUUGGUUCCGCUUCUGUUCAUUACUGUGGUUGUAUUUACAGCAUUCUCCAUCCUAAGGUGGAGAAGGCCUCGGCUGAGGACGAUCUACGACAUGGAGAAAGGCAGGUACAUCAUAACAAGGGUCAGCCGAUGAGUCGCACACAUCAGCGUUGGGAGUGGGUGGACUUCCUGCAGCGGAGCACUAUUGACCAUGUAUGUAGAUUUUCCUAAAUUGAUUUCUUACUCAGUGGCCAGCAGCCACACUCCAGCAUGUUGCCUUGCGGAAUUAACUUGCUGAGUUUGAGCAGCAACCCCUGUAUAUGAUAGAAGGAUGUGGGUUGCGGUGGCAUUUGUGCAUGUUCAAUGCUGUAUGUAAUGUUGAUGUAAUUACAGUUUUGUGUCUAAUGAUCAAUAGAAGUUCUCUGCCAUGGAUCAUGGAUGGCAGAGCAGCUGUAUCUUUGUUUCCUGUCAAACCACUGAUGUUAUGUAAUCCUAAGUCUAAUGGUCGCGUA